UUGAGAGACGUGGAGUUGUCAGUUGUGUGUUACUGUGUCCAAGCUCCAAGCAGAAUUAGCAGAUAGCCGCUUGGUCGAAGACUCGAAGUUAUUAACUGGAAUUUUUGCCGUAAUCGAAUCUUCAUUAUGACUAAAAUUCACUGUGGCCCUGUUGUGGAGGUUUUGGGAGAUGAAAUGACUCGUAUAAUAUGGGACCUGAUCAAAGAAAAGCUCAUCCUCCCCUUCCUUGAUGUGGAACUCCAUACAUAUGAUCUGGGAAUUGAAAACAGAGAUGCUACAGAUGAUCAGGUUACAGUUGACUGUGCCAAUGCCAUCAAGAAGUACAAUGUUGGGAUCAAGUGUGCCACCAUCACGCCUGAUGAACAAAGAGUGGAAGAGUUCAAGCUGAAGAAGAUGUGGCGGUCUCCAAAUGGCACGAUUCGCAACAUCCUUGGCGGCACUGUGUUCAGGGAGGCCAUCAUUUGUAAGAAUAUUCCUCGGCUUGUACCAGGCUGGGAGAAGCCCAUAAUUAUUGGCAGACAUGCUCAUGCUGACCAGUACAAGUGUGUGGAUUUUGUUGUUCCUGGCCCUGGUCAGCUGACUCUCAGCUUCACUGGGCAAGAUGGCCAGGUGAUCUCUCAAGUUGUGAAUGAUUUCAAGGGCGCUGGCGUUGCUCUCGGAAUGUUCAAUACUGAUGAGAGCAUCAGAGACUUUGCACACUCGUCCUUCAAGUUUGCUCUGGACCGCAAGUUGCCGCUCUACAUGUCCACAAAAAAUACCAUCCUCAAGAAAUAUGAUGGUCGCUUCAAAGACAUCUUUGAGGAGAUAUAUAAGAGUGACUACAAGGAGAAGUAUGAGGCAGCAGGUGUGUGGUACGAGCAUCGCCUCAUCGACGACAUGGUCGCCCAGGCCAUGAAGAGCUCGGGAGGCUUCGUGUGGGCCUGCAAGAACUACGAUGGCGACGUCCAGAGCGACUCUGUCGCGCAAGGCUUUGGGUCGCUGGGCCUGAUGACGAGCGUGCUGGUAUGCCCCGACGGCCGCACACUGGAGUCUGAGGCCGCGCACGGCACAGUCACGCGUCACUACCGCCAGCACCAGCAGGGCAAGGAGACCUCCACCAAUCCCAUUGCUUCGAUAUUCGCGUGGACGCGCGGGCUGCUGCACCGCGCCAGGCUGGACGACAACGCGCGUCUGCAGCGCUUCGCUGAGACGCUCGAAGAUGUGUGCGUGGCGACCAUCGAAGCCGGCCACAUGACCAAGGACCUCGCCAUCUGCAUUAAGGGCACCAACGGAGUGACGCGCAGCGACUACCUGAACACCUUCGAGUUCCUGGAUAAGCUGGCCAGUAACUUGCAGUCAAAAAUGGCUGCUUAAUUUGCCUGCUGCUUGAUUCGCUUACGUGUCCAACGAACUUCAUUUCAGUAUAUGAGCCUUCACGCACAAAUUACUCUAAGAAGCUCCAUCUUAAGAAACAUCAAAGUUCUAAUAGAUUUCAUAUUUAAUGUAGUACUUGUUGAUGGUUUGAUAUUAUUUCGUAGUUGCCGAGUUAAAAUUGUUGAUCCAAAUUUACUCUGAAUGACUCAGUUCUUUGUCCUUUUUUUAGGUGAAUUAUUAAUUAUUUAAAUUGUAUGUGAUAUAAAUAAGAUGUUUGUUUGGUUCUUGCUAUUUGAUGGGACCAAAUAUCUGUAUUGAUGUCGGGAAGCAUAAUGUCUGAGUUGAAUGUUUAUGAGGUGGUCAACACUGCCUUGAAACUCGUGGUGUGUUUUAGUAUAGACAAUGUGGGAUGACAGUUUCAUCAGGCUCGCUAAUUGGACGGUAACCAGUGAUCUUUUUCAUCUUUAUUCAAUAUUUUUAAAUAUGACAUAAGAGCUUCACAUCAGAACUCUUAAGUUUUUAAGAAUCCCUCAAAUAAUUUAACUAUAAUGGGAAACAUGAAUCUUUCCGGUGUAAAACCCUCGAUAUUCAGUGAAUUUGAUUCUCUUCUCAUUAUAUACACUAUAUUUUUAUGUAAAAUUUAACUGUCCUAAAUUUAUCUUAUCUGGGGAAACUUGCUGCUAGUUUACGUGGUGUUGGUGUACGUGGUGUUUGUCUUAGAAUUAAGGUACAAGAUGGAAUAUUUUGUUGGUAAUGCUAAACUCUGAAUAGAUUUUCAUAAUUAUCUAUUCUUUCUGAUGAGUUUAUAUUGCGGACGAUUUUGCAGCUUUUUUAUUGUCUUCUAAGUCUUUGUUGGUUAUUUUUUUAGACUUGAACUGCGUUAUUGCUGGACAUGCCGUUCAUCUAGAUUACAAACCUGAGUACAGCAUCUUCCUAGCAACUUCUAUUCUUCUUAUAUUCCAUGUUUCCUCAAAUCAUUUUGGAUUAAAACCUUGGAAAUUUUCAAGGUAUUUAAUAAUAGUCAAUAUUCUCCUGAAUCGCCAAGUAUUAAUUCCCCCCUCAAGUUAUUUCUGUGGUGCGUGUUUUAGCUCGUCUGAAGUCCUCGAAAUUUAACAUGAAGGUUAUUUCUCAUUUAUUGCCCAUUGAUUUAGUCUCACGUCCCUUUUGAUUCACGCUAGUGCCUUCCUCGAAAUUUCAAGACAUUCUCAGUUCUUUCUCCGUAUUUUUAAAACGAGUCUAAUCGAAUUGAGUAUUCACAAUAUAUUUACACUCAAAACACGGCAAAUGACAAAUAUAAAGUAAGUUUUCUACGUUAAAUAGAGUCAUUUGCGCUAAAACAUUUUUCAAAUUUGAAAUUUAUAUGACACCUCGACAGUAGCGAGUGUAUUGUGUUGUGUGUCUUAUACAUCACUUCUAUUAGUUCGUACGUCCUCGUCACAGACAUCGUUGGGGCUUGUUUUUCUUGUAGUAUUAAACUGAUUAUAAUUACACGUUAACCAGUUCAA